AUGAUGGAGGAGCGAGCGGCCGCCGCCGUCGCCGCCGCCGCCGCCGCCUCCUGCCGCCCGCUCGGCUCCGGCCCCACGGGGGCGGCCCCUGUCGCCGCCGCAGCCCCCGGCCCCGGCCCCGGCCCGGCCGCCAAGGGGGGCUCCGGCGGCGGGGGCAGCCCCGGCCCCCCGGCGGGCCCCGAGCCCCUGAGCCUGCCCGGCAUCCUGCACUUCAUCCAGCACGAGUGGGCGCGCUUCGAGGCCGAGAAGGCGCGCUGGGAGGCCGAGCGCGCCGAGCUGCAGGCUCAGGUCGCCUUCCUGCAGGGGGAGCGGAAGGGCCAGGAGAACCUCAAGACAGACCUGGUGAGGCGGAUCAAGAUGCUGGAGUAUGCGUUGAAGCAGGAGAGGGCCAAAUAUCAUAAGCUGAAGUUUGGGACCGACCUGAACCAGGGGGAGAAGAAGCCAGAGCCGUCGGAGCCAGUGUCCAAUGGCCCCGUGGAGUCGGUCACUCUGGAAAACACCCCGCUGGUGUGGAAGGAGGGCCGGCAGCUCCUGCGACAAUACCUGGAAGAGGUGGGCUACACCGAUACCAUCCUGGACAUGCGCUCCAAGCGUGUACGAUCCCUCCUGGGCCGUGCCCCAGAGCUCAAUGGCACGGCUGAGCCCAGCGAGGGGGCCCCCAGACCCACACCGGGCCCCGGUGCGCUCAGCGGUGGGGAAUCUCUGCUGGUGAAGCAGAUUGAGGAGCAGAUCAAGAGGAACGCAGCGGGCAAGGACGGCAGGGAGCGCCGGGCUGGCUCGGUGCUGGAGCAGGUCCCCUUCCUGCAGAACUGCGAGGAUGAGGACAGUGACGACGACGACGAGCUGGACAGUGGACAGCACAAGAAAGCGCGUGGGAAGCUGCCGUCCAAGGCCUUAGGGCCCGAGAUGGAGGACGAAGACGAGGAGGAUGACUCGGAGGACGCCAUCAACGAGUUCGACUUCCUGGGCUCCGGGGAGGAUGGCGAUGGCUCAACAGACCCACGGCGCUGCACUGGGGAUGGGGCCCCCCACGAGCUGGAGAGCCGGCGGGUCAAACUGCAGGGGAUUCUGGCUGACCUUCGGGAUGUGGAUGGGCUGCCCCCCAAAGUGACCGGCCCGCCUCCUGGCACACCCCAGCCCCGGCCGCACGAAGGGUCCUUUGGCUUCUCCUCAGACGUUUUCAUCAUGGACACUAUCGGGGGCGGGGAGGUGAGCCUGGGGGAUUUGGCCGAUCUGACUGUCACCAACGACAACGACCUCAGCUGUGACCUCUCCGACAGCAAAGAUGCCUUCAAGAAGACCUGGAACCCCAAGUUCACGCUCCGCUCACACUACGACGGCAUCCGCUCGCUGGCCUUCCACCACAGCCAGUCGGCGCUGCUCACCGCCUCUGAGGAUGGCACGCUGAAGCUCUGGAACCUGCAGAAGGCUGCCUCGGCCAAGAAGAACGCUGCGUUGGACGUGGAACCCAUCCACGCCUUUCGGGCUCACAGGGGCCCGGUGCUGGCCGUGACCAUGGGCCCCGGCAGCGAGUGCUGCUUCAGCGGGGGCGCCGAUGCCUGCAUCCGCAGCUGGAAGGUCCCCGAUCUCAACAUGGACCCUUAUGAUGGCUACGAUCCCAGUGUGCUGAGCCAUGUCCUGGAGGGCCACAGCGAUGCGGUGUGGGGCCUGGCCUUCAGUGGCGUGGCCCAGCGCCUGGCCUCCUGCUCGGCCGACGGCACCGUCCGCAUCUGGGACCCCAGCGGCCGUGGCCCUGCCUGCCUCUGCACCUUCCCCGCGGCCAGUGAGCACGGCACCCCCACCUCCGUGGCCUUCACCAGCACCCAGCCUGCCCACGUGGUGGCGUCCUUCCGCUCCGGUGACACCGUCCUCUAUGACCUGGAGGCCGCCAGUGCCCUCCUGACGCUCGAGUCACGUGGGAGCAGUGGCCCAAUGCAGAUCAACCAGGUAGUGAGUCACCCCAGUGAGCCCCUCACCAUCACCGCCCAUGACGACAGAGGCAUCCGCUUCCUGGACAACCGGACAGGGAAAGCCGUGCACUCCAUGGUGGCCCACCUGGAUGCUGUCACCUGCCUGGCUGUGGACCCCAACGGCAUGUUUCUGCUGUCGGGAAGUCACGACUGCUCACUGCGCCUAUGGAGCCUAGACAACAAGACGUGCGUGCAGGAGAUCACGGCACACCGCAAGAAGCACGAAGAGGCCAUCCACGCCGUGGCCUGCCACCCCAGCAAGGCGCUCAUUGCCAGCGCCGGCGCCGAUGCCCUGGCCAAGGUCUUCAUCUGAUGCCCAUGGCCCUGCCCUGGCGCCGGGCAGGGGGCCGGAGGUGACUCCUGCCUUACUCCUGCUGGCCUGGGCCUGGAGGUGCUACGGACCCAUCCUCCCUCAGGAGGCCCUCCUGGAUGCCUGCCUUCCCCAACAUGCGGCCUGGGGUAUCAACACCUCCGGAGAGCCCACCAGGAUGACCCCUGGGAGUUUCUUCUCUACCAGAUCCUUGGCUCCCGGACCCUGAGCUGCUUUCUCUGGGGGCAGCACAGCCAAGCCAAGGCUGGGUGUCCUUGGGAUCACUCUACUUUUCCAAGACGCCAGAAGGUGCCAGUUUCUCUUUGAACCCAACUCUUCUCCAUCCUCUUGAACUUGGGUGGGAACUGGGCUGGGCAGAGCCCCAGACCCCUUGCUCGGGGCCCCCUGGGGAGCCAUGGAACCAGCCUGGCCUCCCUCCAGGUCCUUCUAGGGUGGCCUGGCUACAGCAGCCCCUCCCCGCGGCCCCUCCACACUACUGGGCACCCCCAGGGCCCGCAGCUGCUGGGGAACAGACACUGCCCUGGGGGGUGCCCCCACCUCCCCUCACUCUGGGGCAUGGUGGGUGGAGUGGGGUUCCCCCCCGACUCCCUGUAUAUCUGUAUAAAUAAACGGGAUUUUAAUGGAG